UUAAGGGCUCAGUCGGUCGUUUGGGUAGCCAGGAUACGUACGAAUCUUCGGUCGACUCCGCUAGAGUUAGUUCUACGACGUUGCCACAAAGCGUACAUUCAGGCGUGUAGUUGGAAAGAGGAGUGUGUUGGUAAAUCGAUAUCACUCUCUACGGCUUUGCGGCUCUGCGAACCUUUGCGGCAUCUGUGUAGUCGUUGCGGAAAAAUGGACGAGUUGAGCAGUAUCUCGCACAUGUUCGAAAGAGGAAAAACAUUUGAUAGUUCCGGUAACGUUAUACGGAAUAGGUUAAAUCUUGAGCAAAGGAUCAACGUAUUAAGGCAAUAUGACCAGACCCCAGACAUUCGCUUCUUGGCAGAGAAAUUUGAAUGCGGACGGAGGCAAAUCAAGACUAUUUUGCGCAAACGCCAAAAAUACUUGAUGAUGUGGAAGCAGACUAAAAAGCGGACUCCUAGACCGGACUCAUCUUUUCUGGACGCUAUUGGGAUAAUUUUGUACGAAUGGGUCAAGCGGGCGCGAUGUUAUAAUAUAAACAUCACGGAUGAUAUUCUACGGAACUUUGGACAGGAAAUCGCUGACCUCAUCAAGUUUCAGGGGUUCAAACCGACCAGCGCUUGGCUCAUUCAAUUUAAACAAAAGUACAGAAUUCUCGACAUGGAAUUAAACAUUAAACAAGAAACCGACAUGAACCCUGCAGAUCGAAAACCUUUGGGUGUUAGUAUUAUAAUUGAAGAUUUACGUCAGGAAUAUGGAGACUCCCUGAUUCUACCUGACGGAGACUCGAACGAAAUUGAGUUUCCCGAUGAAGACUCACAAUCUGAAAAUCCUACUAUGGAAAAUUUCCGAUCGGAAAGCAUUGAUUCUGCAAUACAAAUGGACAUCGAAAAGGACCAUAUAGGAACAGAAGCUGCUAAUGAAAAUGACACAGAAUUUGCGAAGGAAAUUUCGAACUACCGCGAAGCAUUGAAUCAACUUGGACCAUUGGAGCAGUUUGCUUUGCUGAAAGAGAAUAUUCGAGCGGUGGGUCUCAUCAACCAACUAGAAAACCUUUUCAGGGAGGAAAUGCUAAAGGAUGAAAUGGAUUAGACUUGAGAAUCGACGUCCUUAUGAUGUACGCCCCAUGGAUUUGUAUAAAGUUUAGGUUUAG